UGCAUCGGACGACUUAUGUACUGGGUUGCUGCAUGCAGAUUGCAUCAGAAGGACGGUCGUGAGAGUACCUGUGGGAAAGACUCGUGACAUCGGCAUUGCUGGAUAGUCAGAUCUUAAAACCUCUUUGACAUCAUUACACACCAUGGCGCCUCGGCGAUCAACAGCAAGAGCUUCGAGCGCGACGCCAAUACGUGCUAACUCGCCAUCAAAGCGGUCAACCCGCGCAAGCAGCAUACUGUCACCAGAGGAUGCUGUGCCACGAAGAACGACCAGAGGAGCUUCGCAGCAGCCGAAUCUGGCAGAUGGCGGUGUCAACAACCCGAAACUACCCGAAGUGCAGAUACAACAGUCAUAUGCUUAUGGCUCAAGCAAGACUCCUGUGCUACCAGCACAGUUGGUCGCAAGAAACAAGAUGAAUCUGAGGGAGAUGGCCGAAACUCUUGACGCCGGCGUCGAGCAAGCCCAGCAGAAUCUUCAAACCCACAACCAAGAAAGUCAAGCAAACCUAAGGAAGGAAACUCGAGCUGAUAGAGCACGUCGAAGAGCCUCUCGCGAAGAUUCACGUGAACCUUCCGUCGCCAGUGACGAUGUCGAACAGAACAAGGCACAAAGAGUGGCUGCUUGGGCGGGCUCACUCGACAGCAGUCAGCUUGACCAAAUCCCGGAAGAGGAACGAGACGCUGCACGAGACACUCCAGAUGACGCAUCUCGAAAGGACACAGAUCCAUCUAGCUUUCCCAGCGGUAUUUUCGACCACAGUUACAACUACGAAAGAGGUCUGCGAAAACCCAACGUAACGGUCCGUAGGCGGGAAGAGUCGGUUGUACAGAAAACUGUACAGAAAACAACUGCUGCGACAAAGGAGGCCGUGCAAAAGUCUCGUCAGCUCUCAUCACAUCUUUUUCACUCGACCCUGGACUGGUGUAGACGACUUUCGCAGACCAGUGGCAGAGCGAUCAACGACUUUCCCAAUUCACGACUUGUCACGACCGUCACGAGUCUUCUCUUUGUUUCACUCAUCAUAGCGGCAGCGAGUCUUCUAGUUUGCUACACUUACACCAACCACAUCUGCGAUCCCUUCACAACCUCCCCAGUCGGUCUGACGAUGCAAAAGUAUUGUGGAAGCUGUGUCAGAAAUCCGAGCACACCUUUGAAUAUCACCACGGGCAACUACGGCGACAUGUCGAAGCUGUCGGCGGCACUCAACACCCUCAACAGUCAGAUACGAGCUAUCGAGCUGAGGUUGAGUGACAAGCUUGAACAGAAUCAUGCAGCCGUCGAUAAAGACAUUGAGACGCUGAGGAAACAGCAAGCGGAAUUGUCAAAUUACCUGUCAUCAGUUGAGUUUGGCCGAACAGGCUCCUCUGGGGACGUAGCAUCACCAGUCAUAGCAAAGAUCAAUUUUUUCGCUCCCAAUAAUGGAGCUCUGGUUGAAGAACGCCUGACGUCGCCAACUCGACAGCGAUCGCUAGGGUUCUGGCAAAGAGUGGCAUUGCGAAUGGUCUUGUCGACGUACUAUCAGACGAAGCAACCAGUGACAGCAUUGAUGCCCUGGCAGGACGUUGGAGACUGUUGGUGUUCCUCGCCUGUUCCGUUCGAACAGGAUACGAUGCGGCUAGGGGUAAGAGUCAGCGAAAUGAUCUUCCCUACUGAAUUGGUGGUGGAGAACUAUCCGACAGCAGGAUCACUCUUCCCUGGUUCUACGCCCAAGCAUAUCGAGGUUUGGGCCGAUUUUGAGCAUCUUGACGGCCAAGAGUGGGAGAGCCUCAACAUCAGACAGAUGCAAGGGAAUAGUCCAAUUGGCCCUCAUUGGGCACUGAUUGGGCAGUCUGAUUAUGAUGCUUCGGUCGAAGCCACGCACGUUCAAGCAUUCAGACUCGACGUGAAUCAGCAGCAGCAUUUGUACGCCGCAGAGAACUUUAUUAUUCGGGUCGUAUCAAAUUAUGGGUCGGACUAUACUUGUCUAUACAGGGUCCGCAUGCAUGGUGUCCCGAUGAGAGGACAAUAGGAAGGACUCAGAGGUAGACCUUGACUUUGCUCAGUGGCCUUGAUAGCGUAUUCGGCAGCUCCUGAGGUCCGGAAAUGGAAUAUAUGAGACUGUGUCCGCAGUAUCCUAUCAAAAAAAAGUAAAAUCGCUCGACCUGAGCCUGUAUACUC